AUGUUUGGCACACAAGUGGCAGACAAAACCGAUUGGCGCAAAUUACUCAAAGGCGAAGCAGAACCACUCGACUUGAUUGAAGUUCGCGAACAACUCAUCGAAGAGUUUGCACAUAAAAUCCAAGCCAUUCGUGAGGAAUUUAGUCAAAACCUUGAGUUCAAUGAAACAGUUGAGCUUUUGGAUACUGAACUGCCACGCGAGUUUGUUUAUCCAGUUGAGCAAUAUCCUGAGAAGAUUAAAUCCCACAAUCUGGAUAAAACUCCCGUGAUUCGCGGCAAGUUACAAGGAAUUAAAGGUUUCUGUUUUAAGGACCCUGAAGCGAAAGCAAAAUUUGGCAAUGAUAAUUGCUACACCACUAAACCGAAAUUCUCUGAAAAAGAGCAACAACGUCUUGACGCCAUUAAAGAACGUCAAAAAGAAUUAAACUCCAUUAAAGUAUAUGAAGAUGACCAAGUUCUUGCAUUCAUGGAUAUUAUGCCUCAAGCAGACGGUCAUACUUUAGUCAUACCCAAAACACCUGCGGUGACUUUACUCGACCUCCCUGCCGAUGCUGCUGCCUACACCAUUCAAGUGGUACAAAAAGUAGCAAAAGCCAUUGAAGUCGGUUUGGAUGCCCAAGGCAUUGUCCUCAUGCAACUGUCUGGAGCUGCUGCUGGGCAAACCGUUCCCCAUGUACAUUUCCACCUCAUUCCGAGUUCGGUACAUGAGCUA